GCACUGAAAAGGCGCCUGAUUCGACGUUCAUGCUACUCGCGGAUGAGUUAAUGAUAUGAAGGCCCCCGAAGGUUUCCGGCUGCCUAACCCAAUUGAUUUCGAACUCAUCCUCCACCAGAGUUGCCAAAAUACUUAAAGCAUCAGGUUUACGACAAACCUGAGGUGUUUGCGAAAGUAGACAGUCAUGCAAUCCAGGUUGCAGAGUACCAACAUCCCACAUUCAGGGACCUGAUGUGGGAUUUGCUAUAUCGGUACAAAUUAGAUGAAUUAGAAAGGGCCCGUGUAAUAUUCCGAUGGAUGACUGCGAAGGAUAUGCAGAAUAUCCACUUCGAAAAUGUUCCUCCCGAUUCUCCGGAAGACGUCCUCAUGUCCUUCAGCACCAACCGCGGCACGUUUUCCAGGAUGUACGAAGUAAUGUGCAAUUAUUCUGAAAUUCACUGUGUCACCGUCAGUGGAUAUGCCAAAGGUGUUGAUUACCUUCCUGGUGACAAAUUUUGUGGUCUUCCUCCCAAUCAUUCAUGGAAUGUCAUUCAUAUUCGAGGAUCUUGGCAGCUUGUUGAUGUUCAUUGGGCGGCUCGCUACCUAAGUUCGGGAAAAAAUGUACCUGAGAAUGUUGUCUAUGAGUAUGACGAUUUUUACUUUAUGAUGGAACCUCAGCAGGCUGUUUACAGCCAUUUUCCAGAGGAUCAGAGAUGGCAGUUGUUACCUGUUCCCCUCACACUUUCUCAAUUUGAAAAUUUACCACUUACAAAGUCUCAGUUUUUCAAAUGUGCAAUUGAUUUCUUACAACAACAUCACGGUGUUGUUCGAACCCAGGAUGGUUGUCUGAGAAUGACACUGGGGUUUUGGCGUCCUGGAGGUUUCACUUAUAAAUUACAGUAUUUGGUUACCAGCUACAACAAUCCUGACCUUGACUCACUUACUGCAUAUCCAAGCGAACUGACAGACCAAGUUCCUAAUUUGAAUGUUGAUUUGAAGUGUUUCGUUUUACAAGAAACAACGAAAGAUCGUUUAAACUUUUUCUUUCGACUCCCAGCUUCUGGAAUUUACUACCUCACCAUAUAUGCUCAGGAACUAUCAAGUCUGGCUGUUGGUCGCGAAAGUACUUUUCGAGCCGCUUGCGAAUAUAAAAUUAUAUGUAACUCACCAGCACGAGAUGCCCAACCGUACCCAAUUUGUCAUGACGCUAAUUGGGGACCAGCUUGGUCUCAUGUACAUCACUAUGCUCUUGAACCAAGCCAUACAGAGGGUGUGAUCAGUAUACCUAACGAAUUAGACUCCUCAGUUAACUCCAACGGACAUCAUACACCACUACCAAAAACGGUCGAUAUACGGUUUCAAAAACACCGACCUGAGGUUAAUUUACUAGCAAAACUUCAUCGAAAUGGAGUGUCGGACGACUUUCUUGAUCAGUAUCAACGUGUCACUGAGACAGUGCGUGAAACUUUAUUUCAUGUCACUCUACCUGAACCUGGUGAAUAUGGACUUGAAGUAUAUGCAAAUGAACCAUCUGAAGGUGAUACGUAUACACAUAUGUGUCAAUAUUUAAUACAUUAUGAAUAUCCAUCAAACUGGAGUAAUAACUGUAUACCACGAUUAACAACUGCUGGUGCAGAUGCCGGUCCAUCCCCUGUUGCUCAUCAAUUUUGGCAUUCUAAUGAAAGAACUAACAAUAACACACGUAACGGAAAUUUACCAAAAUACUUAUCUGCAACUUUUAAUGAACCAUCAUUGAAUAGUAGUGGUUCAUUAAGAGAAAUGUACAAUUAUGAAUUAGAUGCACCGCCAAUCGGAAAUUUGCCUAAAUUAUAUGCACACUCACAAUACGAAAACGCAAAUCAGCCUAAUUUAAAUCGUAUAAACAAUUACUCAAUGAAUAAUAAUGAUAAUUUAUGCAAACCACCGUAUGGAUAUGUACCUUCGAAAAGUAAUCAUCUUAUGAAUAAUGAUCCUACAGCUUCACCACCCAUUGUACCGUCCUCCAAUGAUCGACUAUCAAAUUUAAACCAAAAUUUCUCUAAUAUCAAACUUAAACAAGAUUCGUCAUUAAAGCAUUCUCCUCGUGUUGAUGCUACUUCGGGUGGAUUAUAUGGUUACAAUCCGAUUACUUCAGACUCACCAGCUCUAAAUUCCAUGAAUCAUGGUACUAAUCAAACUGUCUAUUCGCCUUCAUCAUCUCUUGUUGGACAAAAUCAUACUGGCAAUGGAAUACAACAAAAGUAUACAUCUAGUACUAGUCCGCCAAUAAAAUACCAAAAUUCUGUUCGCUUCGAACCUGGAUCCUCUAGUUAUGUUGGCAGUAAUGGAAGUAAUAAUACAAACAUGUGCUAUGUAUCACCUCCUGGUUCAUCAAACUCCAGUAGUCUACCUUAUUAUAACAAACAACAGUAUGAUCAAGUCACAUCUACAACUGGAGGUCUUGGUCGAAGUAAUCAACCAGCAUCAUCAUCGACUAAUCAGUUUUACAAAUUUGAUCAAAGUACAGCUAAUUGGAGUUCUGGGCCGAUACAACGAGUUCCUCCAAAAGAAUUUGCCCCAAGUCCUUUGUCAAUGGAUACAUUGGAAGACAAACCAAAACCACAAGAAAUUCCGACAACUACUGAAAUGUCAUCUACUCCUUAUCAAUCAUUUGACAUCUUUCGAAGAAUUGAUGAACAUGCUGUCUCUGUAUCACAACAACAGCAAGAUAAUUUUAAUCAGUUAAUUUGGCAAUUAAUCUAUGCACGUAAUAUUACUGAUGAAUUGGAAAAAGUCCGUGUUAUCUUCUUAUGGUUGUGCACUAAAGAUCUACAUAAAAUGAAUUUUGACCAUGUGAAACCAGAUAGUCCAGAAGAAAUCUUGAUGGGUAUACGUACUGGUAAAUCGACAUAUGCACAAAUAUUUUAUACAUUAUGUCGUUAUGCUGGUUUACAUUGUAAACUGUUAAUUGGUUAUGCCAAAGGUGCUGAAUAUGCCCCUGGUAUGCAUUUUUCUGGUCGCCAAGGUCAACAUUCAUGGAAUGCUGUGCUUAUUGAUAAGUGUUGGCGUUUGAUUGAUUGUCACUGGGCUGCACGUCGUUUAAUUGGUAAACGUCCUAGUCCAGACAACGUACGCUAUGGAUUGGAUAUGUUUUAUUUCUUAGCUAGUCCAAGUCAGUUGAUUUAUACUCAUUUCCCACAUGACCCCGACUGGCAGUUAUUACGUCAUCCAGUCUCACUAAAAGAAUUUGAGAAUUUAGCUCCAGUCAAAUCUGCUUUUUUCAAAUACAAUUUGGAUCUAGUUACACAUCGUAAUUCUGUGAUUGUAUGCUCAGAUCCAGAAGUUCGUAUUGUCAUAGCUUUUCCAUCGGAUUCUAAAAAUGAUUUAUCAUUUACAUUUGGCUUAUCAUUUGAUAAUCAAGAAGGAAGUGAGGAGUUUCGUGGAAUUCCUUUAACUCGAUUCGGUAGACAAGAAACAUUGAUACGAGAGCAUACAUCAGUUUUCUACAUUAGACCACCAAGACCUGGAGCAUAUAAAUUACUUAUCUAUGCUAAACAACAUCAACCACAUCAAAAUGGACAAAAAGAAGGUCUCGGUAUAGUCAGUAUGAUCCCUGAUGACUUAAGUUCUGAAAAUUUGUUUGGUGCUGUUUGUGAGUAUCGGUUAGUAGCGAAUUUUGGUUCAAACUGUUCAUUACCACCGUUUCCACCAUGCCAAUCAUCAAGCUACGGACCAAAUGAGUUGGCUAAAAAUUAUCGAAUAACAGCUCAACGUGUUGAUUGUACAUUACGUGCUAUACGUGGUACUUUGGAAAUACGUUUUGGUUUAGGCUCAUUACCAGGUUGUCCACCGCCACGUUUAAUGGCUAAACUCAAAUGUACAUUAGUUGCUGAAAAUGCUCUUUCAAAAAGUUUACUACAACGAAGUAUAAAUGGGAAUUCAGAAGCUGUAUUUGCUAUUUUCUUACCAGAAGCUGGAGAAUAUGGUCUAGAAGUGUACGCUAAUGAUCCUGUGAAAGAUGGAAAUUCUUUCUUUGUGGUAUGGCAAUAUAUUAUUAUAUCAGAUUGUGAUUCUCCAGUUCGUGGUCUACCAACUAUUCCGCCAACUUAUUUAGGUCCAGUUUCACGUUUUGAUUCAAUGGGUUUAAAAGCUUUAAGUCAUACAGAUCCAUUUAUUCAAGCUAAUACUGGUGAAUUGUGUAUUCAAUUUGCUCGGCAUCCUGAUAAACCUUUACGAAUUAUGGCACAAUUAAUACACUGUAGUCAUGAUGUAUCGGAAGAUUGUUCACAGCAAAUUCUUCAACAAACACGUGACUUCCAAAUCUACUUUGUUAUACGUUUCCCUCAUCCAGGAUUUUUCAAAUUUCAAAUAUAUGCUCUUCCUUAUACGGAACCAGGCGAAUCACUUCCUAGUGUCUAUAAUUAUCUAUUGGAAGCAACUCAGGUUAAUCGUGGAAGAAAUGGUCAUGUAAUGUGUUUUCCACAACAAUUCGCCCAAUGGAAAGAAGGUUGUUAUCUUCAUACACCAAUGGAUGGUAUAUUAUAUCCUAGUGGAUCAAAUCAACCAACUGCUGAUACUGUACCGUUUCGUGUCACCAUACCAACUGCACAUGCAGUCGCUGUUGUUGUCGGUGAAGAUUGGACACAUUUAAGUAAAGUUAAUGAUUGUUGGAUUGGUCAAGUUUGUCUAAAACCGUAUUGGGGCAUAGAAAACCAAUUAGCAUUAUGUGCUAAGUAUAAUGUUGACGAUGGAAACUAUGGCACUCUAUUAGAAUACCGAUUAGCUAAACGGUAAACAAAAAUAAAUGGAAAGAUGGAAGAUAAAGGGAUUAGAUUUUACUAAAAAAAACCUUAUGAUAUAUAUAUAGAUAUAGUUUCACGUGGUGUACAACUCAUUCCUUGUUCCCACAUUCGUCCAACUAUUCUAAUCAGCUUAACUCAAUGUGUAAUUGAAAUGUGUUUCAUCCCAAUUUGUUUGUGUUUUAGUGGCGGAUAAUUGGUUCAUUCCUUUUGCAUCCCACACUUUGAUCAUGUAAUUUGCGGAUCUUGCUUCAUUGAAAUGAAAUUUGUGCAUAUUGAUUUAUAUGUGUACGUGUGUGUAGAUCCUUAUAUUUAUAUUCUGCUUACUGGAGAAGUAUGCAUACACAUACAGUUACACAUCUCUCAUAGAGCUACUUAUCUUCCCUUCCCUCUAUGAUUUUUCCACUCAGCAAACACAAAGUACACACAUACACAGUUUUCUUUAUCUUCAAUCACUUAUUACUUGACAGAAUAAAGCCUGAACAGUAAGAUCAUUUCUUUGUUUUAAUAUAGUUAUUAUAAUUUUCGUAAAGAAAUAUUGUGCCUUAUUUAAUAAUGGUAAUAAUUAUUACUAUUAUUAGUAUUAUCAAUGUUUUUUACACCACUAUUAUAUCUGUUAUGUUAUGAAUACUCGACUACUCUAAUUUAUAAUUACUUUUUAUUUAUCUAUUCAAUAAAUAAAUCAUUUUAAGUACACAAACAUGUCGUAAAAUCUAUCACUGCCCUCUCCAACACACCUAGAAGUUUAGUAAAUAAAUGAGACCAUUAAUAAGUUUGCUGAAUGAACCGUGAUGAUUGUUAGUUGCGAUAAUGUAAUAUUUUGUUCUGUAUUUAUUUCUAUUUUGUUGUUGUUCUUGUUAUCGGCAAUUUUAAUGAUCUCAUCAUGUUUAAUUAAUCAAACAAUCCAUCUAUUGUGUAUUUAUGUGUGUGUUUGUGUGGUUACUUUCAGUCAUAAAUAACUAAUUAUCUUUUAGUUUUUAAUUUUUAUACCUAACAUUCACUUAUUUGUCUUCCAUGUAAAAUUGUAAUUUAUUUUUUGUACGUUUAUUUUGCUUAAAAAUACACUUGGGUUAGUCAUGAUGAAUUAGCUAAUAACUAAUUAAUUUAUUGAAUUUCAUCUCCACCCUGUAUUUGUUUAGCACCAUUAUUUCCUUCUCUACUUCACUUCACUUCAUUUAUGUCGUAUUUUCACUGAUGAAUUCUAUGUAUGUAUGUCUUUAAUAUAAACAUUUUCUCUUAGUAACUGUUGUAUUUGUAUUGGGGUUAAUUGGAAUGUAAGAUAAAACUAAACAAAAGCCUUCAUUAAAUGUAAAAUUUAAUAACUAUU